AAUUGUCCGUUACAAAUCCUUUUUAAUCCUUCGUUAAAACAACACGUAGAACAAUUACAAGCGAGGGUUACACAUUAAAGACCCGGGCUUCAAUCAAAGUUGACCGACCGGGUUAUUAAAACAACACUAAAAUUGAACAUGUACGCCUGCGCUAAGUUCGUCUCCACGCCGGCUCUGGUCCGUGCUGGCUCCCGGACUCUUUACAGACCCUUGUCUGCCUGUAUGAUGUCCAGGCCCGAGGUCAACACAGAGAACAAUGUAGCCCUCAUGCCACAGAGCCCCUUCACCCAAGUAGCACUGAGAGGCUUCCAGACCAGUGCUGUGAGCAGAGACAUCGACACAGCCGCUAAGUUCAUUGGUGCUGGAGCAGCCACGGUCGGAGUGGCUGGAUCCGGUGCUGGAAUUGGGACAGUGUUUGGCAGUCUCAUUAUUGGAUAUGCCAGGAACCCAUCUCUGAAGCAGCAGCUGUUCUCAUAUGCUAUCCUGGGAUUUGCCCUGUCUGAAGCCAUGGGUCUAUUCUGUUUGAUGGUUGCCUUCUUAAUCUUGUUUGCUAUGUAACAAAUGUAUUGUUCAUAGAAACACUGUAAUUACUGAUGUGACUCCAUAUUUUAUUGUGGUUACCAAAAAUGUUCUGUGUUGGUAUCAUGGAAAUGUAUAUUUUCAAAGUCUAAAUAACAAAAACAUGUUUUGUAAAAAUGUAAGAAAUUACAUAAUUAAAAUGCAUGUAUUUGACUAUUUAA